AUGUCAGUUCGGGAAUGUAGUGCUGUAAAGACGACUGCUUACAGCUUGGCACAACCUGUAGAAACCGGAACAGUGUUACAAGACUCACUUAAAAGAAAGUGGGUCAUUGGUAAUGCGAUCGGUCAGGGUGGUUUCGGCCGAAUCUACGAAGUUAAACUUGAGGGUGAAAAAGCUUAUCAUUAUGCUGCUAAGAUAGAACCCCAAGAAAAUGGACCGCUUUUUACUGAAAUGCAUUUUUACAUGCGAGCAUGUUCUGAGAAUGCAAUCAACUCAUGGAAGUCGAGUCAUUCUCUUAAAUACCUUGGCAUUCCGAGAUAUAUAAGCAGUAGGUCGAUUAAUCUAAAUAAAACAGCUCUUCGAUUCCUUGUGAUGGAUCGUUUCUCUGGAGAUUUCGAAUCCACAUUAAAGAAUCGUGAAAUAUCUGCAUCUGGUAUUCUUGAAGUCAGCGCAAAUGUGCUAAGUGCACUAGAAUAUAUGCAUUCAAGAGACUACGCUCAUGCAGAUAUUAAAGCUUCUAAUCUUCUUCAUUUAUCGUCCAAACAAGAGGUUUAUUUAGCUGACUUUGGUCUAGUCCACUUAUUUCGUUCAAAAGGUGUACAUACUGUUGAGAAACCAGAUCCUAAAUUUCGACACAAUGGAACAAUAGAGUUUUGUUCACGAGAUGCACAUACUGGACUCCCUCCAUCUCGUCGUGGAGAUUUGGAAAUUCUACUGUUCAAUCUUAUUCAUUGGUUGGCUCGAUCUCAUCUCAAUGCUCCUCAGUUACAUUCCACUGGUCUUCCUUGGGGAUAUCCCCAAGGAAGACCAGUGGAAUCUCAUUUCAGACCCUAA